CUUUCCCUCCUUUAUCCUCUUUUUUUUUUUUUCACUAACAAACACAGCACUGAAGAACAUGUCUAACUGAACCCAUCUUCCCUGAUCUUUUCACUUGCCUAUCAUGGUCCGAUCUUAGAAACUCGAUAUCGUCUUUUUACGGAAAUUAGGGAAUCAGCGCUCCAUGUUAAACGAGUCACCAAUCGAACCAUAUACUUCUCUCCUCAUCUCUAUCAUCAUUUCCUAUGCCUCCAAAACGAAAAUCAGCAAAGCCAGCUCCGGCUCAACCAAAGCCAGCUCCUCCUCCCCCUCAAGCUGCUAAACCAGCUCCUGUACCGCAAGCUGUUAAACCAGCUCCUGCACCGCAAGCUGCUAAACCAGCCCCUGCACCGCAAGCUGUUAAACCAGCUCCUCCCCCUCCACCACCCCCUCCCGUCGAAACACCUUCUGCAAAAGUACGCAAGGAAUGGCAGAACUUCAUCUCUUCCUGGUACGAACCAGAGAAGAAGAAACUCAUAGACCAACUCACCAAAGAACUCGACCUCAAAUACAAGAAAUCCACCUCUAGAAUUCAACAAACAGCUCGUCUCACUGAGAAAGAAAAGAGACUCUCAGAGAUUGCAACUCAACUCGCUGAACCCGCUCAUGAAGAGUGGAACAAUCGUCUCGCUGCAGCGCAGCUCCAAGUAGACGAUUGGACCGAUAUUACAGACCAGGAACAGCAAUCCGUCAUCAGCGUAUUCGUUGUCUUCUUCCAGGAUGAUGAAGAUAACGAGGAAGACGAGGAGUCUACCACCUUCGACUCUAAUGAAACCGAGGAAUCAGUGGCGUCGGCCGUCGAAGAACCUCAGUUCCUAGAUGCUUCCCCUUUCUUCACAGUCCGUCAAUCACCACCCACGCCCGUCACAGCCAAUUUCGAACUCGUCAACCCUUCUUCCUUCUUCACAGACACAAUCUCCCCCCUUAAUCAAGCCAGAAAACUCCCAGAGCUUGCCAUGGAUAACUUGGCACUCAAUAACCUGAACACAGGUCGUAGCCAACCUGACGCCACUCCAAGCACAAGCGCAGUAUUCGGCUUCCAGGCCUGGGCCUCGGAAGCCGGAUUAGCAGUGCCCCCAACACCCCGUCACCGCGCAACCGAUAACAUCUCCCGCCAACCAUCCCAAGCCUCCACCUCUGCCUCAUCCUCUACCUCUGUAUCAUCUGCCUCCGCCUCCACCUCCACUUCUACCUCAUCUCCCCUAUUCGCCUCCCACCACAGCCCCCCUCAACCCACGUCCAAAAUAAGCCCCCUAGCAGUCACCCACACCCUCCCCCCGGGUAAACGCUAUAUCGGACCCGUAAUCGCCGAAGAAGAACCCGAGCCCAUAUCAAUAGACUUAGGGGGCCUCGACUCAGACCUCCUAAAAGCAAAAAUGGCGGCCGACUUCCUCGAGUUCAAAACAAGCAUCCGCAUCCAAAUGAUUCACCAAUUCCAUGCCAAGGCCUCCGAGAUCGAAAUCGAGCUGGUGAGGCAGCUCGAGAGCAAUAAUAGCAACAGCAAUAGCUCGCGGGAGAGCAGACUGAGGACGAUGCAGGAACAUGAGGAGAACAUGAUGUCGCUUAGGGAAUCGAAGGAGAUGGAACGGAAGAAGCUGUGUGAUGCGGAACGGGAUCGGAGACUGCAGGAACAUCAGUUUCUUAGGCAGGUUGCUGCGCAGAAGGCCAAGGAGACACGCGUCAAUGCGAGCGCUUCGUCUUCUAAGAUCCCACAGACAGGCUGGACGACGACUCAUUCCGCCCCUAAACUGCCCAGUCAAAAAGAGAACCUCUCUACGGGCAGCAUUCCCACUUUGCCAAAACCUGAUCCUCCUAGUAUUCUCAAGAAGUCUAUCAGCGCACGCUCUCACACUCAGACUCAGGAUAUCUUGCCCGGAUUUGACGAAGCUGCGUUCUUCAAGGCUCAGGCAGAAGCUGCGAAUUUGGUUAAAGGCAAACAGCCUCUCGCCACUGCGUCUGCUUCUACAUCCGCGUCCAACCCCCUGGGCAGACCUAGCGCGCUCAAAAAGACAGAGACCGCAAACUCGCAGGACGAGCCUGUCGAACCCGUCGUUCCACCCCAACCCCAACCUCCUACCGCGCAGGCUCCCACCCCCAGCUCCGCAAAGGGCAAGAAAGGCAAAAAGACGCCAGCUGCCCAACAGCCCAAAACAGUCACCUUCAAUGAAGCACCCGAUACCGACGCAGAGCCUCCUCCAUCAUGGGGCGCGAAUGCAAAUGCCAAGAGUGCAGGAAAGGGCGCAAAGAGCCCGUUGUCAUUGUCGUCUAAACCAAGCAAGUCUGUGAUGAUCGAGGAGGAACCUGAUGAAGACGCCGAUCCGCCGUUCUCUGCUUGGAACCUGAAUGUACGAGGUACCACCCCUGCUUCUUCUGCAUCGGCGUCGGCAUCUGCAUCUGCUAAGAAGGGCAAAGCGGCAGUUAUAGCUGAAGACCCAAUUCCUGACCCAUCCCCUCCUGUUACCUCCGCUUUCGGCUGGGGUUCCGCUUCCAAUUCCAAUUCCAAUACCACUAAUACUCCUAUUUGGGCCUCGGGGGCAGCGGGCAAGAAAGCCAAAGCCAAAGCCCCAAUCGUAAUCGCACCACCAGACCCCGCAGAUGAUCCUUUCCAGACGUGGACUGCACCAAGCGGUGGAUGGGACUCGGGAUCAGGAUCGGCGGCGGGUAAGAAAACAGGGACGAAGACAAAGGUUACCGUUACGGAGGAGCUCGAUGAAGCUGCUGUGUCGAUGGCUUGGAGUGCUGGAGUCAAGACUACCUCGUCGUCCUCGGCGGCUGCGGGUAAGCAGGCGAAGAAGGUCGUACCACAGCCUCAGCCGCAGCUUCGCCAGUCCUCUCUUUCGAAGUCUGCUUGGGUCGAAGAUGCUGAAGAGGAAGAUGAUGAGGAAGAUGAUGAUGAUGAGGAGGAGGAGGAAGAGGAAGAAGAGGAAGUAUGGAGCUCGGCCCACCCUACAUCAUCCAUGCCCGGCGCAAUCCCCACCACAGCUUCCGACGAAAAUGACGCAUGGGGAUCUUCCUACUGGACUAACCUCUCCAACGGCCAACCCGUCUCCCACGCCCACGCCCAGAUCACCGAAGACGCCACAAACCCAAGCGCCACACAUAUGCGAUGGACGCCGUCAAUGGAAGCACCCGAGAGCGGCGAUGAAGACUCAGACGCAGGAGGAGCGGAUGAGAAUAUGGAAAGCGCGCUCUGGAUGCAGUAUGCUAUCAGCGGAGGCGAUGUCAGUAUCCCUGGGUUUGAAGUCCAGGCUCCUGCCGUGCAGGAGCAUGUGCAGGUUGCUGUGAAGACCGCGGCUGCUAAUGGCAACGGCAAAACUACCACCUCCUCCCACGCCAAUGCUAAUGCUAACGCUAACGUCGGCGCCAACGCGAACAUCUGGGAUCAAGGCAAAGGAAAGAAAAAAUCAACACCUGUACACGAGCCGGCCAAGAUAGAACCCCCUCGUAGCCAUCAGCCGCAGACCCAGACGUCCACAUCCGCCUCAUCCAACGCCAACGCCAACGCUCGAACGGCCCAAUGGCCCAAAGCCAAAAUGGCUUCUCGCCUCGGGCAGAGCUCAGGUUCCGCUAGACACCUCUAA